UUCCCCGGGAUAGGAGGCGUUGUCCCACGGUUCUGCUGCUCAGCCGUCACUUCUAUGCAGAAACCGGCUAUCCUGCAAAGGGACACUAGACAAAGCCUAUACAUACAAUCGAACGGUGCAGGUAUUUUUGUGUCUACGUUCGUGCUAUUAUUAGGGGUUGCUUGUCCAGGAUAUAGGCUACGUUGAAAUAUCAUAUAUAAUAUAAUCGUAGUCUUUUCGUGCACAAAAUGAUCAAGAACGGACAUCACCCAAUGAACACAACAGGGAAAGAUGCAGGGACGAACGUCGGCGCUACAGCUUGCAGUCCGGAGAAGAGAAGACGAACCAUCCGGGUGUGGUGUGACGGGUGCUAUGACAUGGUCCAUUAUGGUCACUCCAACCAGCUGCGGCAGGCCAAGGCCAUGGGAGAUUACCUCAUCGUUGGAGUACACACAGACGGUGAGAUCUCACAGCACAAGGGUCCCCCGGUCUUCACCCAGGAUGAACGAUACAAGAUGGUGAGAGCCAUCAAGUGGGUGGAUGAGAUAGUGGAGGGAGCGCCCUACGUCACCACGCUGGAGACCCUGGACAAGUACACCAGUGACUUCUGUGUGCAUGGAGAUGACAUCACACUAACAGUGGAUGGGAAGGACACUUACGAAGAGGUGAAGAGGUCAGGGAGGUACAGGGAGUGCAAGCGAACCCAGGGAGUUUCUACCACAGACCUGGUCGGUCGCAUGCUACUGAUGACCAAAGCCCACCACAGCAACAUAGGCCAUUCAGACUAUCAACAGCACACAGACAACUUUGGCAAGGUGUUGCAGGGUCCUAAGGGCCACAGUCCGUGGACGGGGGUGUCCCAGUUCCUCCAGACGUCCCAGAAGAUUAUCCAGUUUGCCUCAGGACAGGAGCCUCAGCCUGGGGACACCAUCAUCUAUGUGGCUGGAGCCUUCGACCUCUUCCAUAUUGGCCAUGUGGACUUCCUGGAGGCGGUUUCCAGGCUUUCAGACAAGCCAUAUGUUAUAGUGGGGUUACACUUUGACCAGGAGGUGAAUCGCUACAAAGGGAAGAAUUACCCCAUUAUGAACGUCCAUGAGAGAACACUCAGUGUGCUGGCCUGUCGGUAUGUCUCUGAGGUGGUGAUUGGUGCGCCUUACGCAGUCACGAGAGAGUUACUAGACCACUUCAAGGUGGACCUUGUGUGUCAUGGGAAGACAGAGGUGCAUCCUGACAAAGACGGGUCGGACCCCUAUGCUGAGCCCAGGAAGAAAGGAAUACUGCACACUGUGGACAGUAUGAACAGCCUCACCACUGAUAGUAUUGUUCAGAGGAUCAUCAAAAACAGGCUGCUGUUCGAGGCCAGGAACCAGAAGAAAGAGGCCAAAGAGAUGGCUGUGAUCCAGGCCAUGAAGAGAAGAGAGGAGGAGAAGGGCAAGGAGAGGGCCCAGGCUGUGCUUUAGGACAACAGGCCCGAAGGAGCACUCCCACCACAAGGAACCAUUGACCACCCUUAGGGUCAAUCUGAGACGGACUAAACCUAAUACAUCUAACCCCCACCACCAAUGCAGCGCAGUCAAUCCACCUCAUCUGGGUUCCAACUCCCAACCAACACCCUCCAGGUCACACAGUUUCCUUACCGACAGCCAGACAGCGAGCCUUUGUUAUCAACAUGCAGUAUUCUUACAAUGGGAGUUCUGUUGUAGGUUCCACAUGGUAACAUGUUAGGUGAGGCUGUUUUAUUUGUCUUAAUAUCUGUAUGCAUUUACAUGUUCUUUAUUUCUUAUGGUUUGACAAACCACCUUAACAGUAUAGACCUCAUACUGUCUCCCUUUCUCACGAGUUAUAACCAGACAGGGAACCAGAAGGCCCAACAUAGUCACUGAGUUAUAACCAGACAGGGAACCAGAAGGCCCAACAUAGUCACUGAGUUAUAACCAGUCAGAGAACCAGAAGGCCCAACAUAGUCACUGAGUUAUAACCAGACAAGGAACCAGAAGGCCCAACAUAGUCACUGAGUUAUAACCAGACAAGGAACCAGAAGGCCCAACAUAGUCACUGAGUUAUAACCAGACAAGGAACCAGAAGGCCCAACAUAGUCACUGAGUUAUAACCAGACAGAGAACCAGAAGGCCCAACAUAGUCACUGAGUUAUAACCAGACAAGGAACCAGAAGGACCAACAUAGUCACUGAGUUAUAACCAGACAGGGAACCAGAAGGCCCAACAUGGUUACUGAGUUAUAACCAGACAGGGAACCAGAAGGCCCAACAUAGUCACUGAGUUAUAACCAGACAGGGAACCAGAAGGCCCAACAUGGUUACUGAGUUAUAACCAGACAGGGAACCAGAAGGCCCAACAUAGUCACUGAAUUAUAACCAGACAAGGAACCAGAAGGCCCAACAUGGUUACUGAGUUAUAACCAGACAAGGAACCAGAAGGCCCAACAUAGUCACUGAGUUAUAACCAGACAAGGAACCAGAAGGCCCAACAUGGUUACUGAGUUAUAACCAGACAAGGAACCAGAAGGCCCAACAUAGUCACUGAGUUAUAACCAGACAAGGAACCAGAAGGCCCAACAUAGUCACUGAGUUAUAACCAGACAAGGAACCAGAAGGCCCAACAUAGUCACUGAGUUAUAACCAGACAAGGAACCAGAAGUCACUGGGUUAUAGCCAGACAAGGAACCAGAAGGCCCAACAUAGUCACUGAGUUAUAACCAGACAGGGAACCAGAAGGCCCAACAUGGUUACUGGGUUAUAGCCAGACAAGGAACCAGAAGGCCCAACAUAGUCACUGAGUUAUAACCAGACAAGGAGCCAGAAGGCCCAACAUGGUUACUGAGUUAUAACCAGACAAGGAACCAGAAGGCCCAACAUAGUCACUGAGUUAUAACCAGACAAGGAACCAGAAGUCACUGGGUUAUAGCCAGCCAGACAGGGAACCAGAAGUCCCAGCCUAGUCUUGUGGAACCAGACAGGUGUGUCUCUAAACAAAUCUGGCUGUGCAAGUUAAAGCCAGACUAAUAUUUGUUUUCUAAAUAAUUAUCAUACCGCAAGUUAUUUUUCUUGGGGUUGAUUGAGCUUUAUUUAAACAGGAGAAUUAUGAAUGAUUCAUUUCUGUGAGAAAUAGUGUGGUUAGGUUGAAGUCUGUCGGCCGAUGCUUGGGCUUGUUGCUUUGGAGACCCAUCCAACCACCUCUGCUGCUCCUCGCACAGCGAUUGUUGAACAACCAACACAUUGGAUGCAUCCAAAAUGGCACCGUUUUUCCUAUAUAGUGUUUAACAGGGACCUGAUGGUCAACAGUAAUGCAUUAAAUAGGGAAUAGGAAGUCAUUUCAGAUGCAGCCGUUGUCAUUCUCAGUCAUUCUGUUGCUGCUGUCAUCGUGGCAAUAGGCUGAUCCCCUCACAACUUACAGUCCUAUCUUAUCUAUCUCUGUAUAUAUGUACUGUAUGUAUUUAUUAUAAAUUAAUAUUAACCAGGAGAACUCUCUGGAAGAUGUUGAAACCACUAGAGGUGUUCAGGGGUGGGUUUGAAAAUGUACCAUCUCUGUGAGAGCCUAUUGGUCGAUUUUACCUUGGGAAAAGCUGAGGUCAUUAAUGAUUCAAGCUUUCUAUCAGAGACUACCCUCAGCUUUCUAUCAGAGACUACCCUCAGCUUUCUAUCAGAGACUACGCUCAGCUUUCUAUCAGAGACUACCCUCAGCGUUCUAUCACAGACUACCCUCAGCUUUCUAUCAGAGACUACCCUCAGCUUUCUAUCAGAUACUACCCUCAGCGUUCUAUCAGAAACUACCCUCAGCUUUCUAUCAGAGACUACCCUCAGCUUUCUAUCAGAGACCACCCUCAGCUUUCUAUCAGAGACUACCCUCAGCUUUCUAUCAGAGACCACCCUCAGCUUUCUAUCAGAGACUACCCUCAGCUUUCUAUCAGAGACUACCCUCAGCUUUCUAUCAGAGACUACCCUCAGCUUUCUAUCAGAGACUACCCUCAGCUUUCUAUCAGAGACUACCCUCAGCUUUCUAUCAGCGACUACCCUCAGCUUUCUAUCAGAGACUACCCUCAGCUUUCUAUCAGAGACUACCCUCAGCUUUCUAUCAGAGACUACCCUCAGCUUUCUAUCAGAGACUACCCGUAGCUUUCUAUCAGAGACUACCCACAGCUUUCUAUCAAAGACUACCCUCAGCUUUCGGACAGAUUUAAUCUGUUUCUAGAAGAGAAACGGAAUUGAAUAUUAGACUCUUAGAAAAAAGGGUUCCAAAAGGCUUAUUCGGCUGUGCCCAUAGGAGAACCCUUUUGGGUUCCAAGUAGAACCCUUUUUGGUUCCAUUUUGAGUCCAGGUAAAACCGUUUUGUCAACCAAAAAAGUUUCUACCUGGAACCAAAAAGGGUACUUCAAAGGGUUAUCCUAUGGGGACAGCUGAAGAACCUUUUUCGGUUCUAUAUAGCAUAUUUUGUGUAGAUGGGCCAACCUAUGGGAUCUCAUGUAGAUAAUACUACCAGAACGUACUGACUGGAACUGUUCUAUGUUAUAGAAUGAAUCUAUAAUAUAGAUAGAACGGUUCUCCACUAUAACAAAUGCAAACUAUUAUUCCAGGACCCAUUGUCCAACCUUUGAGCGCAGUUCUUGUUUUAACCACAGCAGGUCCCUCUUCCUCUGUAAAAGACAAGACAUCCUUGUACAUUCUGGUAGAGCACUGAACUAAGUUUUAACCACAGCAGGUCCCUCUUCCUCUGUAAAAGACACGACUUACCCUUGUACAUUCUGGUAGAGCACUGAACUGAGUUUUAACCACAGCAGGUCCCUCCUCCUCUGUAAAAGACACAACUUAUCCUUGUACAUUCUGGUAGAGCACUGAACUGAGUUUUCACCAGAUGCUUUUAAUGGCAAAUUAUUUUAAACGAUAGGAGAUGAUGAAAUAUGUACGGUGCUGUUAACUUAGAUAAACUAAUGACCUUUUACUGUCAUACGAUCAAAAGUCUUAAUCAAACCUCUGGAUAAGAAAUCAUAAUUUCAAAACGUUAAUCGGAUUAAAUACUAUAUUUUUCAUACAUGUAUAUUUUUCAGUCAGACCACCUCAACAUAAACUUGGUUUCAUAUGUUUCAAAAGCAUAUAAAAUAUUGUCUGUCUAUAAAGUUGGAAUGUAUUCAAUGUACUGUAUAGGCUACAGUGAUCUCCUAUGUAUGUUAUUGACAACUCUGAUCUUCUAAAUGACAAACGCUGUGGAAUUUGGUACAGUAUAUUAUCAUUGUCAAUAAUAACAACUCCAUCUAAAAAACUGUGUUGGUCAUCUUGACCUUGUCUCCUUAUUUAAAUAAAUGAUUUUACUAAUA